UCGCCGUCGUCUGCCAACUAUGUUGUCGACAUUCGUUCGGAUACAGUUAGUUUGCCGACAAAAGAAAUGCGUCAGGCCAUGUUCGAUGCCGUGGUGGGUGAUGAUGUAUAUGGUGAAGAUCCAACCGUUUUGAAAUUGGAACAAACCGCUGCACAGCUAUUCGAAAAGGAAGCUGCCUUGUUUGUACCCAGUGGUACUAUGGCGAAUUUAUUGGCAAUUAUGGUUCAUUGCCAUCGUCGCGGCACCGAAGCUAUCGUUGGUGACAUUUCUCACACAUUCCUUUACGAACAAGCGGGAGCCGCACAAAUUGCUGGCGUGCAAUUAGCUACAAUAAAAAACAAACCCGAUGGCACCUUUUGUCUCAAGGAAAUGCAGCAUAAGUUACGACUCUACGAUGAUUGUCACGAACCUGUUACGGCGCUGGUCGUCGUAGAGAAUACCCAUAACAUGUGUGGUGGUAAGGCUCUGCCGCUGGAGUGGUUAGAUGAACUGGCAGCAAUAUGUAAGGAUCCGGCCAAGACAAAUGGCAAACGCAUUGCCCUGCAUAUGGAUGGUGCUCGCAUUUUUAAUGCAGCUACAUAUUUGAAGGUGCCCGUGUCGCGCAUAACCAAAGAUUUCGAUUCGGUGUGCUUUUGCCUGAGCAAAGGACUGUCGGCACCGGUGGGUUCUGUAUUGGUCGGCAAUAAAACAUUCAUUAAGGAAGCUCGUCAUCUGCGUAAAGUUUUGGGUGGUGGCAUGCGACAAUGCGGUGUACUAGCUGCUGCCGGCUUAGUGGCUCUUGAGACAAUUGUUCCACGCUUGAAUGAUGAUCAUCAAAGAACAAAACGUAUCGCAGAAGCUCUCCAUAAUCUACACAGCCCCAACAUUUCCGUUGACCUAGCCAAUGUGCACUCAAACAUUCUGUUGAUUCAUAUGGUUAAUCCCAAAGUAACUGCCGAUGAGUUUGCCAAACGUCUGGGUACAGUAACGCCACAGGAACUGGCGGAUGGUGUAGUCACUGGCGAGGAGGAUGGUGCCCGAGGCAUUGUAUUGAAGGUCAGUGCCCGUGACUGGGCAUAUGCACGCAUUGUGCUAUAUCAUCAGAUUACGGAUAAGGAUGUGGAAUAUACCAUUAAAAAGUUUGAAUAUGUCAUCAAGGAAUUUGAUCGUCAGUUGGCAUGAAUUGACUUUGAAGGGAUGAUUGACAAUCAGAUGUUAAACGUCCUAUGCCAUGUCAUGUAAA